GAAUAAAUGGAAGAAAUCCAGAAAUAGCAGACCAAUCAAACUGCCACCUGGCCCGAGAAAACUUCCUAUAAUCGGAAAUCUGCACCAAAUCAGCAAUCCUCCCUUCCGCUGCUUCAGAGCUCUAUCCAACCAGUACGGCCCCUUAAUGCACCUCAAGCUCGGCGAGUCCACCGUCGUCGUCGUCUCGUCGCCUGAUUUGGCGAAGCAAAUGCUUAAAGAUCUCGACCCCAGCUUCGCGGACAAGCCGCGGACCGUGGUGGCCGAGAUCAUGCUGUACCGGUCCAGCGACAUCGGCUUCAGCCCCUACGGCGACUACUGGCGCCAGAUGCGGAAGCUCUGCAUCAACGAACUUCUCAGCCCGAAAAUGGUGCGACUCUUCCAAUCCAUCCGGACUGACCAGGCCGCUCGGUUGAUCACUUCCUUGCGGGAAUCUUCUGGAAACUCCGUGAAUUUUACGGAGAAGAUCUUCAACCACUCCAGCUCCAUCACUUGCCGGGCCGCGUAUGGCAGCGUCUGCGAGGAUAAUGAGACGCUGAUCAAGCUGAUGGCUGACACGAUUCGGAUGAGCGGAGGCUUUGAGAUUACGGAUCUGUUCCCCUCGUCCGGAAUCGUCGGCUCGCUGAGCUGGACCAAGCGGCGGCUCUGGAUGAUGAGGCGCAAGCUCGAUGUGAUUCUGGAUGAUGUGAUCGAGCGGCAUAAGAGAAAUCGGGUGGAGAGUGAAGGCGGGGGAGGCCGGAGAUUGGGGAAUUCGGAGUUUGGGAGUGAGGAUUUGGUUGAUGUAUUUCUUAGGGUUCAGGAGGAAGGCCAGCUGGAGUUUCCCAUCGACAACGACAACAUCAAGGCUGUCUUGUUUGAUAUGUUCGCAGCUGGAACCGAAACUUCAGCAUCAACUAUUGAUUGGACAAUGGUAGAACUACUGAGACACCCUGAAGUGAUGGCCAAGGCACAAGCUGAGCUAAGACAAGCCUUGAAAGGAAACACUGUUGAACAAAACGACGUCGUUUCUAAUCUGAAGUAUCUAAAACUAGUGAUCAAAGAGACACUGAGGCUGCACCCUCCGCUUCCAAUGCUGCCUAGAGCAUGCAAAAAGGAAUGUACGAUCAACGGAUACACCAUACCUGCCGGAGAAAAAGUGAUGAUAAAUCAUUGGGCGAUGCAGAGGGACCCGAGCUAUUGGAAAGAUCCAGAGAUGUUUAAACCCGAGAGAUUUGAAGAUCAACCUUUGGAUUAUGUAGGUGGUGAUUGUCAUUUUCUGCCGUUUGGAGCUGGAAAAAGAAUGUGCCCCGGGAUGAUGUUUGGUUUGGCUGCUGUGGAGUCAACUUUAAUACAAUUGCUCUACAACUUCAAUUGGAAACUUCCAGAAUGUGUCAGGGCUGAGGAUCUAGACAUGACUGAAAAUAAUGGGAUAACGGCGGCAAGGAAACACAAUUUAUUUGUGGUCGCCACUCCGUAUAAUUAAUGUAACACAUCCUAUUAUUGAGAAUAACUAUUAGAUCCAUAAUGUCUUGUUUAAGUAAAAUAAACAAGUAUAGUUAUGUAACACUUGCU